AAAAAGGUUUCCGUGAUCUGCUCAGGAUGGAUCAGGGCCGGGUCUAGGGGGGCUAGGGGGGGCAAAGCCCCCCCAGAUUUCUCUUGUGCCCCUCCAACAUCCCCAGGAUACUCUUUUUUUUUUGUGAUAGCACACAAAAUGUAAAAAAUAUAUCAACACUAAAUUAGUUACACAUGCAAAUUACUAGAAACAUUGUGCUGUUGUAUUUUUCUGGCGCACCUCACGGCGCGCAUCCUUUUACAGUUCUCCCUCACAGGCAUGCUCAGCACUUCAGGUGCUCACACCAUGCCAGAAUUGCCAGAAUUACAAGAUUUCAACUUGUAAAAAGCAUUCAUGUCCUCAUCCACAUCCUUUUUCUAAGCAGUUUUCCAAGACUUUUGCACACCUUAUCGGAUCACUUCUCAAGACGGCCAUUGACAAUCACAUGAGCAGAUGACAUGCAGCUCCUUCAUAAAUGCGCUCUAGUCUAUAUUUAAACAUGCACACACACCGUUAAUUCAUUGCUACACGAUCAUGGAACACUUGGAAAUUUAGCUUGGAAUUUUAAAAUUGUGAUUUCCAAGUCAUGAAAAAUCUCGAAAAUGAAUAAAUUAAAAAAAAAAUAAAUAAAUAGAUGUAAGUAUUCUAGUAAUAUAAAAUAGUUUUGCUCACUUAUGUUCAGCUCUGAAAUAUUCUAUCAGCAUAUUGCGCUAUUUGUUGAAUAGUAGCCUAUUAUUUGAUGUCAAAAGUUACAUGCUCCUUUCAGAAUCUGCAAAAUAUCAAUAAUUAAAAAAAUAAAUAAGUGAGAUCAAAUUUUUUUUUUUAUUUAGCACUGCAACAAAAAUGUAUUAUUAUGAGAUGUUUACAUAUAGUCCACAAUAUAUAAUAUCUGCCUUUACACAAAUUAAGCAGUUCAAAAGUUUACUUACACUUAAUUUAUUCUCAGUACUGUGUGUCAUUAAUUUAAUUUAAUUAUAAUUUUCUUUAUGAUUAGGCCCAUGUUUGGGACUCUUCUCAUACCCAACUGUUACAAAUGGUGAAAACAUUUACUGAUACUCCAGAAGGAAACAAUGCAUUAAAAUUCAGGGGGUGUAAACAUUUGCACAGGAUGGUAGGGGGGUAAAUUGUUUUUAUUUUGUCUUCUGAAAAGUGUUUUAUAAAGCUUUAGUAGGACAAAACUAAAAAAAAGUAGAUCUUUAAAUAAAAUAAUAACUUCCAGUCUUAUUCCAGUCAGAAUUUCCAGUCAUCCUGUUCAUAGGUUAUUGUGUUGUGUUGUCUUGGGCAUCAGUGAAUGUUUGCAGCUUUUGAUCAUCCAGGUAACAACACACACUAUGAAGAAUCAAGCAUAUAAACUUUUGAACUGGAUCUUUUGUGUAAAUUCAAUUAUUAUGUCUUGUUUUUAUUUUUAUAUAGUCAAAAUAACUGAGCACAACUCUAUAGAAAUUAACCAAAAAUAUAAGGGGGAAAAAACACGAAAAAGGAAAGAAUCAUGUAACCAGGUCUUCUAAUGGUUUAAAUUUCUUCAAUGAACCAAGUUGUCUUCUUCCACUUUUAAAUUUUACCAUUCUUAAAGAUUUAGAGUAAAUCCAAAAUUCUUUCUGAAAAACAGAAAACAAUGGCUUUGUUUUAAGUAACUUACAGUAAAUGAAUAUAACAUUUUCCCAAAAUGAAAAUAUUGUUCAGUAGAAAUUGAAUGUGUACAUCUUCCAUUAUUAUGCCAAAAGUUAUGUCAUUUUUAGAAAAUGAAUUGUAAUUUUAAGCCAUUCGUAUAUGUUAGACCAAAAGUCUCACAGAAUCACAAAAAAAAAAAAAAAAAAAAAAAAAAUCACAGAAAGUACUUUUGUGAUCAAUAUUAAAUCUGAAAAAACCUGAAAAAGGGAGGAAACUGUUUAGUAGUUAAAAGGGGGUGCGGGGGGCGAGGGAUUAGGAGAUCAUAAACCUAUGAUUCAUAUGUCAUAUUAUGCUGCCCCACCAAUUUUUCAAAAUGCCCCCCAAGUCACGCAAUCCUAGAACCGGGCCUGGGAUGGAUGUGGAGGAUUUCAGCUAUUUUCUUGACAAAGUUACACCAUUCAUCCAAAGAAGGGACACAAAAUAAAGAAGAGCCAUCAGUGCAAGAAUGCGGCUGUCACUAACACUACGAUUCCUUGCUACCGGAGAGACGUUUAGAUCUCUGAGCUUCCAGUACCGGAUCGGUCGUAGUACUAUCAGUGAGAUAGUAAUGGAGACGUGUCAAGCCUUGUAUGACGUCUUAAAGGAUGAUCAUUUAAAGACUCCUACAACGGAGACAGAGUGGAGAGAGGUGGCAAUGAGGUUUCAAAACAAGUGGCAGUUUCCUAAUUGCUUAGGUGCCAUAGAUGGAAAGCACAUCUACAUCCAGCCACCUGCAAACUCUGGAAGUACUUACCACAACUACAAACCAAGAUUUUCAGUUGUACUCAUGGCAGUAGUCGACGCUGACUACAAAUUUAUUUAUGCAAAUGUUGGCGUACAAGGAAGAGUGUCAGAUGGAGGAAUAUUUGGCCAGUCAGACCUCCGAGCUGCCAUGGACAGAGAUCUACUGAAUGUCCCCCGUCCAGAGCCACUCCCAGCCAGUAACAAAACUUUGCCCUAUACAUUUGUUGGUGAUGAAGCAUUCCCUCUCCGAACCGACCUAAUGAAGCCAUACCCCUUCCGAAAUCUGGACCAUGGGCAACGAAUAUUUAACUACAGGCUUUCAAGGGCAAGGCGUACAGUUGAAAAUGCAUUUGGAAUUUUGGCCAAUAGACUUCGUGUUUUUCUUUCCAACAUUAUCGGGACAAUUUGAAGGCAUAUUUUUUUCACCUGCUGGAUCUGUUUCCUGGCAGGAAAAUAUGAUUUACACAUAGACACCAACUGCACUGCAAAAAAAAUGUUUUUCUUACUUAAUAUUUUUGCCUUGUUUUGUCUUGUCUUAAAUCAGGAAGCAUUUACUAUAAGUAAAAUUAUGUAAGAUAAUACAUUUUUUUAGCUCGUUUUAAGCAAAAACUCAGAAUUUUAUUCAGAAAAUAAGCUAUAAUAGCUUACGUAAAUUUACUUAUUAAGUAAAUGCUUAAAACGUUCCUUUUUUUUUUUUUUUUUUACACUAAGGAAAUAUUAAAACAAAAUACAACCAACAUAACAUUUAGAACAAUAUUAAACUAACAUUUUAAAGUCUUAAUUAUAUAUGUGUAAAU